AUGAGUACAUACAAAGAGAUAUCAGCAUUCAAGAAGAAGAGAACAGUCAAGGAAGAUCCGCUGGUAGCUCAUUAACUAACAAGUCGUUCUAAUAACAAAUCUCCUCUACCCUAAAGAUAGCUCUUUGCUACUGUUAGAGGCAAUUAAUUGAGUCCAUAAAGAAGAAGUGCUAAAAACCCAAUAGCUAAUCGGAAAACCUACCAGUAGUUGCAGUAAUACAUGCAAUAAAAUAGUUAAUUAGAGAUCAUUAAUCAGGAGGCAGAGGUGACUCAUGAGACGCAAGAUGUCUCAGACUUAGCUAAUAAUGAUCUUAUUGAUGAUCAUAUAUCACUUCCCAAGAUUAAGAGAAAUUCUUAAGAGUCCAAUAACUAAUCUGAUAUAAAUACACUGAGUCAACAAAUGAUUGAAAGUAAUGCUUUUACAACACAGUAAAUAGUGAUAACGACUUAGAACUCAUACAUGCAUAAGACAGAAACUCCAUAGCUAAUAAAAACUAGUGAUGGCUAGCAGAAUUCAGAACCUAAACUUUAUCAUCAAUUAAAUUCUACCCCUGAAUCAAAUGGUGGAGAAAAUUACCGGCUUUUUCAUAAUACUUCGAAGUCUUUCCAUAUUUCACAAGGCUCAACUGUUCUUCAACAGCCUACUAACAAUAAUAACAACAGCCUACAUAACCCUAAUCAGAGCCAUCAUCAUAUUAGCAACACUGAGCCUAGUGUGUAAAGCCGUUAGGCAUUAUUGAAAUCAGAGUUGAAUAAGAUUAAGGUUCACAACACCUAAGAUACAAUUAAGUACAGUCCUGAUUAUGAGAAUGAUGAGGAUGAUGAAGACGAAAAUGAGGAUGAAGAAGAGUAAAUGGAUCAAGUAUACAUUACGAAUUAAAAGUUCAGAAAGCAAAGGACUAAAUCAAGUGCUAGAGAUAGUAAUCAAGGAUAAAUUAGUGAUCGACCUUCUACUAACAAGUAGGAGUCUUCAUUAUCUUAAAAUAAGAUAUCAUAGAAUCACCUUAACAGCUAUUAAAACAGCUAAAUGUAGUCAUAACAACAGAAGUAUUCCUCGGAAAAUGUAUCUUAAAUGAGUCCAAGCUAAAUAAGGCAUUAUAAUGAGCUUCAAAUGCUGGAUUUAGAUCCUGAAAAUUUGGUUUUACAUAAAAUAUACGAAGCUAUAUCCUAACGACAUGACUUGCUUGGAUCCAAAAAGGGUUUGCCUUAUAAGAAAUUCAAGCAUCAAACUUUAAAUGAGCUUAGCUUCGAUUAAUAACCGUCAAUGGAUGUCACAAAUCUUAGAAUGGCAAAACUUAUAGUCCCUAAUCCUCUUAUUGAUGAUCAUUCAACUAAGCAAAAGAAAUAUAUAAAUUAUGUGAAGAGUAAACUUAAAUACAGUAUUGAUGGCAGUCCAAUUAUUCUAGAAAGAAAACCAAAGCCACAUUUGAUUAGUAUUCAUUAGAAGCCGAUACAGAUAAAUGAAACAGCCAAAGAAUCAUCAAUCCUUGAAGCAACCAAGAGGCAUUUUGAAUAUAACAGGUUAAGAGAUGCUCUAUAAUUCAAGCCAGUAACCAAAGACUAAUUAUAAAGGCAUAACAAUGAAAAGUUAAAUAUGAUCAAUCAGUCGCUGUUAGAUCCAUAAGAACAUGCUUUAAAUACACAAACCCAUGUACUAUUUUCAUAAAACACAACUCAUGCUACUGGAAUAUUUUAUGAUAAGGAUGCUGAAUGCCAGUCUCAUCAGUUUCAAGUAAAUAAAUCUGUACAUUCAUCAAGAGUAAGACCUUAGCAUGCAAGGUUAAAAUCUCAGAGCAAUCCUAAAGAAGAUUCAAUGAGUCGGGUUAAGUUAAGUAAGAUAGAAAUUAUGCUUCCAAUCCUAAAUAAAGACCAGACCAUUUAUGCUUUGGAAUAGCUUAACAAUGAUUCAAUCAAAGAGUAGAGAUAAGUUGUCAAUAAAUUCAUAGAUCGUUUUUAGAAUGGAGGUAGUCAUAGCAAGCCUGGACAGUAUAAAAUUUCUAAAACUGGAAGGGCUCAAUCUAUGGUUGAUCAGAACACUAACGAUAAUAGAAAUCAGCUGAGAAGCUUGAUGGCUAGCAAUAAAAGACAAUCAGUAGCUCAUUAAUAAGAGACUAAUUAAUCCAAGAAAAACUAAAAGCAGCUAUUUGAAAAGCAAGAAGAGUUAAGAUUCCAAAAUGAGAUCAAAUUUUUAGCAUCACAAAUGGCACUAUGA